AUGCCUGGACGGCUGCAGACCUCUCUGAAGAUCCUAGGCACGAGCCUGUUUGCUCUGCUGGUCCUGGGGGGCAUACUGGCGGCCUACGUGACGGGGUACCAGUUCAUACACACCGACCACCAUCACCUCUCCUUCGGGCUGUACGGCGCUAUCCUGGGAUUACAUCUGCUCACUCAGAGCCUCUUUGCUUUCCUGGAGCACAGGCGAAUGCGGAAAGGUGGGAAAAUCCCUACGGGAACAUCCUCAGUGGCCCUGUGCAUCGCAGCCUAUCAGGAAGACCCGGAGUACCUGAGGAAAUGCCUGCAGUCAGUCCGGCGUCUCUCCUACCCCCACCUGCGAGUGGUCAUGGUGGUGGACGGAAAUUCAGAAGACGAUAGAUACAUGAUGGACAUCUUCCGAGAGGUGAUGGGAUCGGAAGGCACCUGCUGCUACCUGUGGGACAGCAACUACCAUGAGACGGCAGAGGGGGGGCAGGAUGGGGAGAGAGGUGUCCAGGAGCUGGUGCAGAAGUUCCAUUACUCCUGUAUCAUGCAGAAGUGGGGAGGGAAGCGAGAAGUUAUGUACACUGCAUUCCGGGCCCUUGGCGACAGUGUGGACUAUGUUCAGGUGUGUGAUUCCGACACGGUACUGGACUCGGCGUGCACGGUGGAAAUGCUGCGUAUCUUGGAGGAAGACCCCGAUGUGGGUGGAGUUGGGGGAGAUGUGCAGAUCCUGAAUAAAUACGACUCCUGGAUCUCCUUCUUGAGCAGCGUGCGGUACUGGAUGGCGUUUAACGUGGAGCGAGCGUGUCAGUCCUACUUUGGCUGUGUACAGUGCAUCAGCGGCCCUCUGGGGAUGUACCGGAACACUCUGCUGCAGUACUUUCUGGAAGACUGGUACCACCAGACCUUCCUGGGCCAGAAGUGUAGCUUUGGUGAUGACCGGCACCUGACCAAUCGCGUGCUGAGCAUGGGCUACCGGACUAAGUACACAGCCCGAUCCAGGUGCCUGACGGAAACGCCCACCAAGUACCUGCGAUGGCUGAACCAGCAGACGCGGUGGAGUAAAUCAUAUUUCCGGGAGUGGCUGUACAACGCGCUGUGGUUCCACAAGCAUCACCUCUGGAUGACCUACGAGUCCGUGGUCACGGGUUUCUUCCCUUUCUUCCUGGUGGCCACGGUGGUGCAGCUCUUCUACCGUGGCCGCAUCUGGAACAUAAUGCUCUUCCUGCUGACGGUGCAGCUUGUGGGCAUAGUGAAGGCCACCUAUGCCUGCUUUCUGCGUGGCAACGCCGAGAUGAUCUUCAUGUCGCUCUACUCUCUCCUCUACAUGACCAGUCUGCUACCUGCCAAAAUGUUUGCCAUCAUCACCAUCAACAAGUCCGGAUGGGGGACGUCUGGGCGGAGGAAGCUGGUGGUGAACUUCAUGGGUAUAGUGCCCGUGUCGUUGUGGUUCUGUAUCCUUCUGGGUGGGCUAGUGUACACGGCGUACUGCCAGAGCCAGGAUCCAUUCACUGAUACGGAACUGUUGUUCCUGGUAACAGGAGCGGUCCUGUACGGGUGUUACUGGUUGGCACUGCUCAGUCUCUACCUGGCAAUCGUUGCCCGACGGUGUGGAAAGAAGCAGGAACUGUACAGCCUGGCCCUAUCGGAGGUGUGACAGUGAGGGCAGGGUCUAGCUUUCAAAUGACAUUACAAAACUUGAAUAUAUUAUUGAGGAUAUGGCUGGACCAAUCAGAUGUAAGAUCUACAGAAGUAUACGGCCGAGAGGGCGAUGCCAGGAGGACCACGGACUGUAUCUCACCAGCAGAGUCUUACAGGGAUCAGACUGUACUAUGCAAACAUAUACCUCAGGCAGAUCAUCAGAGCACGUUGCCUAUAGCAAUACCAGCCAGUGAUGGCGCAGCCUUAACACGCCCAGAAUUCGCCUACUGUGCCACCAACACAAUGAUACAUGUGAGACAGCUUUAUGGGGCAUUGAACAGCCGCAUCCACCGCAGGGGAAGAGCUUACUAACAUUAUGGCGUAGACGCAUAUAUCGGUGACCCCUCCACCCGAACAUAUGGGAGACUCAUGCACAAAUGUGACCUCGUACAUCUCUGCUGCAGCCGCGCCAAACACCCCCUGUCGGCGCGCCAGGUCCUGUCAGGUUCUCCAAGCGCCGGGGUCUUUUUUUUUUUUUUUUAGGUGAAUUUGUGUUUCACGUGCCCCUAGGACUCACCAGGAGAAUGUGCUGAUUAUUUGAUAUGUCACUUGUGUAUCUUUAUGUGACGGAGUCCGUAUCUGUAUACUAAGUGCUACUAUGUAGCAGCCACAGCUUUUUUCCAUGUCCCGGUCCAUCGAGCAUCAUAUAUAGUCCCAGUCACACACAGAUAUACACGUGUCAUAUAUCACAUUACUCAGCACAGUUUCCCGCAGCGACUAUGAUGCAUUUCCGGUGCAAAAAAAAAUAUGCCCGACUUCUAGCGGGGUUUCACAGGACCUGGCGGCUCACUCCUCUGGCAUCUGGCGCUGCGUGACGUACUGAGGUUGGAUGUAUGAGGACACAUCUGUAGGAACGGCUACAUAUACUUAGUUGCCUGAUGGACACAGUGAUCACCCAGAUUAUAGGACUUUGCGUCUAGUGACAAGACGUUUGUAAUGAUCCAAGAAAUAAGGGGCUAAUGGUAAAAUGUGACAUGGAGACAGCACUGCAGGCGGAGAGGCUGAUUCUGUGCACGGCCGCGUCCCUAAAUGUGGCCCGGGGCAGGGGGUUACUGGUAGUGGUUUUGCCGAUGAUUUUGGCUGGAAUUUCUUAAGAUGCCAUGCUUACAUAUGACCAAAGAUGUGUCUGCACACUUACGUCUCCGGAACUACAUUCUAAGACGCAGCCUUAAAUCUACCGUAUAGACCUGUCGGGGGGGGGUUUGGGGAGUAGUGCCAGCAAUCACCACUGGCAACGCCAACAUUUCCGCACAGGUUUACAGAAUGUACAUCUGCUUUAUCCAUAUCAAUACUCAAGAUGCAUCUCAGGGGCGCUCUCUGUAGCAGACCGACGCGUAACCAUUCCUCAUCAGCCGCUCCUAGCCCAUUCUUACGUCGUGCAACUCUGUGCAGUAAUAUCCCACCGUAACCAAAGCCCACAUAACAUAUGUCAUGGGUAUUAUCAGGUAUGAGGGUUCCACACAUGGGGGUAUAUUUACUAAGCACCCGAUUUUGUGCAAGUUUUUUUUUUCCUAAGUGUCAUCUCGGGAAUUUACUAAAAUUUCAGCAGAGUUGGGGCUAUUCGUAUUGUUUUCCCCGGCUAAGUUCACAAACACGAAUGAAUACACCAUCGGUCAAACACGGCUGUUAUUUGAUGCAACUCGGUAAUUUACUAAGAAUUUGUAUUCUCAAUCACUGCCGACAACAGUCAAACACUGCCGGGAAAGCAUAGAGG